UAUGAAGAUAUAAAAAUGCGCAGUUUUAGAGGAGCAGGGCUGUGAAACGCACUGUUUUAACCGAUUCAAACAAAUGCAAGGAUUCAGGCAAUACAGCAUGUCGUUCAUCCAGAAGAUUAGAUUUUUCCUUAAGCGGCAGAUUUCUAGAGUUCAGGUGUCUUUGAGUGGAUUUCUAUGGCGGCCGCGGACACGUGAGUAAGUUGGAGCCAGCUGUGAAGUUUUGUAAAAAUUAACUGCUGUUGUUUCCACUGUGCUCUUUCUUUAGCUCACCUGCUGUCAUGCUUUCCAGAGCGGCCCCCAUGGCUGGGGUCACUGCGCACAAGAUCAGUAAACACAUCACCUUCUUCGCCAGUGACGUCGAUGGGACUCCUACGGCUAGCUUUUCACCUGGUCACCCUAAACCUAUAUUGCUGUUACUGCCGUGGCUGGGCUCCAGACCGCAAGCCAUUGCCAAGUACUGUGAGAUUUACUUUCGCACAGGCUUUGAUGUACUCGUUGUGGAAAGCGAAGUGAGCCAGUUCUUGUGGCCCCGUUGGGGGUUGGAGUACAGUGGCCGUGUGCUGGAAUUAUUAGAAAGCGAGCGCUUCUCACAGCGCCCCCUACUGGUCCAUGCUUUCUCCAUAGGGGGAUAUACGUUUUCUCAGGUGCUUGUGCAUGUGGCCAAAGAUACCCAGCGUUACCAAGGCCUGACAAAUAGGAUCAGGGGUCAUAUCUACGACAGCCUGGUCACGGGAUCACUGGACCAUAUGGCCAACGGUCUGGGUAAAACCAUAUUUCCCCGGCUUGAGGGUCUCGUGAGAACGGCUGGCCUUCUGUACUUCCGUGUCUUUAAACACCAGACGGUUGACUACUUCAACUCGGCUAUCAGUAUUUUCUGGAACACUCCUGUGAUGGCACCUGCUCUCUUCUUUUACGCUGAGAACGAUGCAAUGUGCGAUUACAAGAGCUUGGAGAAGAAGGUGGAGUUAUGGAGGAAUCGAGGCCUAUCUGUCGAAAUCAAGAAGUGGAAAGAGUCUAUUCAUGCAGGUCAUCUGCGCACACAUCCUCAGGAAUACCUGGCCACCCUAGAGAACUUUGUGAUGUCUCUCAACAUGGUGCCUCUAAAGGCCAAAAUGUGAACUCUGAACUGCCAUCACCUGCCUCAUUAAACAUCAGAAAUAGCCUGAAGUGCCUGGUUUGACUGUUAUAUAGACAUUCUCUUUAGUUUAAGGUAACAAAAUUUGCUUGUUUCUCAAACCUCUUCAGUCUGUUGAAAUAUUUAUGUGACUACAUUUAAUGAAGACCAUAACACUGG